AUGUGUGGCCGCACGUGUUUGACGCUGGAACCAAAAGAUCUAGAGAGCUGCUGCAAGUACAGCAAAGCGGGUCAUAGUAAACCAAAACAACCACGCUACCGGAAUGAGUUUAAUUGUGGCAAAAAGUACGUACCUUCGUUCAAUGUGGCACCGACCGAUGUAACGCCCGUGCUAGUGUCUGCAGCUCACUUCGAUGAUUCGGCGGACCCGGCCGAUCGGCUGCUUGUACCGAUGAUGUGGGGGAUGGUACCACGUUGGCACAAGGGUGAUUUUCGCAAGCACGGUCUAACCACCAACAACUGCCGACUGGAAGGGUUGGCAUUUUCCAAACUGUAUGGGCCACCGCUUGCUGCUGGCCAGCGUUGUGUCAUCCUUUGCGAGGGGUUUUACGAGUGGCAAACGGUAAAACCGUUAAAACCAUCCGAUCGACCUGCAUUCUUCGUACACAUGCCACAGGGUGAGAAGAUUAAGAUGGAAGACAAAUCUACCUGACCGUCGAAUGAUGAUGGACAACUUCAACUACUCCGCAUUGCUGGACUGUUCGAUGUGUGGAACGAUGAUAAUGGCGAUAAGCUGUACAGCUACACGGUAAUAACGUUUGAAACGGAGGGUCUAUUUUCCAGCAUACAUCACCGAUCGCCAGCCAUUCUUGAGACGGAUGAGCAAGUAGCGAACUGGUUAGAUUUUAAGCGUGUUCCAGCCAACAGAGCACUGAAUCUGCUACAACCCUGCCAAUCGAUCAAGUGGUACCGGGUGUCGAACAUUGUGAAUAACUCGCGCAACAAAUCCGACCAAUGCAACAAACCGUUGGUGGAGGGCAAAUCUUCGGACGGGAAUAGUUCCAAGACUCCCGUAGUACCGAAAAGCAAGCUGAUGCAAUCAUGGCUAAUUGUGAAAAAGAGAAAGCUUGAUGAGGAUGAACAAAAAUCAUCCUUGGAGGAGAAGGUGAAGAAAGAUCAGAAAACGGAACCGAUGGACAAAAAGUUCAAACAGGAUACGCAACAAAAGCCAACCCCAGACGAGAAGGUGAAAAUAGAACAGGAAACGGAACCGAUGGAUAGAAAGCCUAAACCAGAUCCGGAUGUACCGUAA